AUGAAAAGAAACAAAUAUGGAAGAGAUUCAUAUGAAUAUAAAAAGGUGAAGAAGGAAGAUUCUUAUAUUCAUUCUGAUAAGAGAAAAUAUGAUGCAGAUAAAUUGAGCGAAAGUACAGAUCAGGAAAAAAAAUAUAAAAAACAUGAAAAAUAUAAAUAUGAAUAUUCCAAUAAUUUAAAUAUGAAAAGAAAUAUUUCAAUAUUUCAAAAUGGAGAAGAGAAUGAAAAUAUUACACAUUCAAUAUAUACCUCCAAAGAAUAUACCAAUGAUAAUAUUAAUAGUAAAAAUAAAUCCCAUAUGAUUCAUACAAAAUAUAGUAAAAGUAAUGUUGAUAUUAUUAUUCCUCCUUCAGAUAAUUAUAAUAAUUCAUCAAAGGUAAGUAUAAAUUAUAGAAAGAUGUCAAGUAAUUAUGGAUAUUCGCAUAAGAAUAUAUUGACUGGCUCAUCAAAUCAAAAAGAUAUAAAACAUGAAAAAUAUUUAAAUAUGGAAAAAAAAGAAAGCGUUAUUAAUAAUAUUAUUGAUUUAAAAAAAAGUGAAUUAUUUAUUAAAGAAGAUAAAUCAGAAGAAGAAAUAAACAAUAAUUUAAUAAAUAAAUUUUAUGGAGAUAUAAAAAUAAAAAAGACAAAUAAUAAUAUCAUAAAACCAAGUUAUGAUGUUAUUCGAAAGAAAAUUAAUACAGACAUAAAAGUAAAUGAUAUAUUAGAUAUGAUAAAAUUACCAGAAAGUGAAAAUUUAGAUAAUGAUUUAAAAACACCAUGUAUUAGUAAUCAAAAAAUAAUAAACGAUACUAUAAAUGAAGGAAAAAAUAAUAUUAACCAUAAUUCUUCCUACCAAUUUUAUAAUGAUUUAUGGACAUUUCCUUUAGAAAUGUUAGAUAAAUAUAUAUUUAAAAAUAAAAAUCAUAAUUACAAAAAAUGGAUAUCACAUUGUACAACCUUAUUUGUUUUAGGUUUACCUUUUCAAAUGAAUGAAUACAAUUUACUUCAUAAUUUAAUAGAUGUAUAUUAUAUGAAUAAAAAUUAUGACGGUGUAUUAGAUAUAAUAGAUUUAAAUAAAGAAGAUAUCUUAUUUAAUCAUUUAUAUUUAUAUUCAUAUAUAAAUCAACCUAAAAAUAAAUAUAAUUUACUAUCAGAAAAAUUGGGUAUUUUAAAAUUUGAUUUAUUAUUUGGUAGUGAAUAUCAUCAAGCAAAAAAUGAAAUGUUAAAUUCAUAUUUAAAUAACAAAUAUAAAGAAUUUUAUAAAAUUAACUGUAACACUGGUGCUAUGGGUUUACUAUAUUUUAAAAAUGAACAAUGUGCUAUGGACUUUUGGUUGAUGUAUAAUAAUUAUUCAUCAUCUUUUUAUGAAAAAUAUUUAAAAUGUAUACCCGAUAUAAAUGGUAUUAAAAUUUUUAUAGAGGCAUCCAUGUUUUAUUUAACUCCAGAUUUGUUCUUAACACAAAUUAAUUAUAGUGAAUUAAAUGCAGUAUUAAAUAAUAUUCAAAAGAAAAAAGGGAAUAUAAUUCAAAUAUUUAAUGAUAUUAAAAUAUAUUAUAAGGAAUCAUCUAUAUGGAAUCUAAUAUUCUGCAAUAUAAAUAUAGAGCAUUUUUUUAAAGUCAAACAAAUGAACGAAGCUGAAAGUGGAAAUGUAAAUGGGAAUAUAAAUGGGAAUGUAAAUGUAAAUAUAAAUGAAAAUGUAAAUGAAAAUGUAAAUGUAAAUGAAAAUGUAAAUGUAAAUGUAAAUGGAAAUAUAAAUACACAUGCAAACACAAAUGAACAGAAUAAUAUUAACAAUAAUAUUAAUAAAAAUAUAGACUUUUUAUCCAACCAUCUUUGUAUAUCCUUUCCAUAUGUUUCUCAUUAUAAAGAUAACUUUUUAAUUCGCAUAUAUGAUACUUAUAUUAAUAAAUAUUUAAUUAAUAACGGAUUUUGUUUAUUUGCUUGCCCAUAUCUUGAUAAAGAAGGGGGAAUAAGAGUUUAUGAAUUUUUUAAAAAAUUUCAUUUAUUAGACUGGUUCUAUAACCCAAAUGAUGAAACGUGUUAUUUUUAUAUGUUUAAAACAAUUUUGAAUGUAUUUUCAAUAUUCAAAAAAAAUUUUAAAACAACUUCUGAUUAUUAUAUUUGUUGUUCACUUUUUUUAAAAUUGCCUUUUGGUAUACUUCCAGGUAUUUAUAUUACAUGCUUAACAAAUAUGAGAGAUAAAAAUAUACAAGAAAGUGAUUACAUCAAAAUUAGUGAUUAUCAAAAUGUGGGUGGUAGUCAAAAUGUGAGUGGUGGCCAAAAUGUGAGUGGUAGCCAAAAUGUAAGUGGUAGCCAAAAUGUGAGUGGUAGCCAAAAUGUGAGUGGUAGCCAAAAUGUGAGUGGUGGCCAAAAUGUGAGUGGUAGCCAAAAUGUGAGUGGUAGCCAAAAUGUAAAUGUAAAUCAAAAUAUAAGUAGUAUUCAAAAUCACAUUGAUCAUAAAACUGUGAACAAUAUUGAGAAUAACACUUUUUCACACAAUAAUGAAAAUAAAAAAAAUACAUUAAAUAAUUUGAAUAAUUACCCAAAUAUAAAUUCCCAAGAUCAUAUGAUAUCACACAUUAUUGAUAAUAACUGUGUGCAAAAUAAUAAUUCGAAUUCCAAAAAAAACCUGAACAUGUCAGGUGAUUUGAUGGAAAAAAAAAAAAAAAUGCAACAAGCUAUUUUGAAAAAAAGCGAAACGCUAGCUAUGAAAAAUGAAGCUAUAUUAAUAAAUAGUAAUUCUAAACAUAAUCAUGAAGUAAUACAAAUAAAUGAAAAUAUAAACAAUAAUAAUAAUAAUAAUAAUAAUAAAUUAACGAAGGCAUGUCUUGUAAUGAAAAACGAAAUUGUAAAAAAUAUAUCUGAACAAAAUACAAAGGAUAACAGUAUAAAUACAAAAAUCAAAGAUAUUAAUGGGAAUAAGAAGAAUGAGCAAGAAGAUAAUAGCAAAAAAGAUAUUACAGAAGAUGAAACUAAUUAUGAUGAUACAGAUGAUCAUUCAAGUGAUGACGACGUAUAUGAAGAAGAUUUUCAUGAUGAAUACAAAAAGAAAAAUAGCAAGAAAAGAAAUAAAAAAUUAUCACUUUCAAAAAAAAAUAAUAUAAAGGAAAAGCUUGUAACAAAUAAUAUUUCUGUAACAGUACUUACAAAAAAGGGAAAGGAGCCACUAAAAAAAAAUUCAAAGGAAAAAAAUAUAAAUUCUAAUAAUAUUAUUAAAAAGCCUAAAAAUAUUGUAAAUAAAUCUAAAAGUAUACUUUUAAAAAAAAAUUGA